AUAAUUAGCACGUGAUUUAAUUUUUCGACAUAUUUUUUUUUUUAGCAAUCAUCAGGCAACAAUUCCUCAUUCGGUCAUGUGAUUUUGGAGACCAUGGAUGAGUUUCAGCCACCGAAUCUGUGGAAGAGACAUGCAGCCCUCCUUGCCAUCCGCGCCGGAAAGACCAACCAGGAAAUUUCGGAGUUCUUCGACAUCAGCGUACGGAUGGUGCAGACUGUCAGGAAGGAGCUAGAGGAUUCCGGGUGGGACUUUGAGAUCACUGCAGCAAGAAAAGGUCACAAUCGGCGGUCUGAUGCUGUCAGAACACCAGAUUUCAUCCACCAAGUCCAGGAACUCAUCAACGCAGACCCCGGCAAGUCCAUGCGCGCCAUUGCACGAGAGGUUGGCGUGGAUGAGAAGGUGGUGAGGCUGGUGGUCCACGAGGACAUCCGGUACUCGUCUUACAAGAUGCAGAAGGGUCAGUUUCUGUCCCAAGCAACGCAGGAAAAGCGGCUCAAGCAUGCCAACAAGCUCAUCAACAAGCUCAAACAUCCACUGGAGCCCAACAUGAUGUGGUUCUUCUCUGGCGAGAAGAACUUCUGUCAAGACCAGAAGCUGAACUCGCAGAACAAUCGGUGGUUGGCUGUAUCUCCCAAGGACGUUCCAAGAGUCAUGCAGACCAAGUUCCCAGCAACCAUCAUGGUCUUCGGCGUCGUAAGCAGCGAGGGUGACGUCAUGCCACCCCACUUCUUCGCUGAGGGCCUCAGGCUGGACACCAACGGGUACAUCCGAGUUCUGAGUGAAGUCGUGAAGCCCUGGAUCGAUCAGGUGGCUGCUGGGAGGCCGUUCGUGUGGCAGCAGGACUCGGCACCAUGCCACACUAGCCGGAAGACCCAGGCAUGGCUGUCGGACAACUUCACCGAUCAUACCGGACCAGGCAUCUGGCCGCCCAGCUCGCCCGACUGCAACCCGCUGGACUUCUUUGUAUGGGGCGCAGUGGAACGAGAGACUAACAAGUCCUGCUGCAACAACAAGAGCGAGCUAAAGGCCAGGAUCACCAGAGCCUUCGGGGAUUUGUCGCGGGAGGCGGUGACGAUGGCCUGCGGCAGGUUCAGGCGCCGCCUGGAAGCAGUCGUCAACGCUGGUGGCGGCUUCAUCGAGUAGUCCUGUAGCUCAUGCAAAGGAGUGUAUGUGUACGAAGUUUGAUGAAUAUAUCUCUAAAACUGUGCUCACAGCGUCAUUUUUAAAUUAGCGUUGCAACGGCGCACGAAUACCGUCCGC